AUGCGAGCGACUUUUAAGUCAACCGCCUUUCUGCAAGUCUACGGUGGUGGUACGACUCCCUGCAGUAAUCGUCACAGGCUGAGGCGACAGACUUGGACUUUGGGCCGACGGCGAUCUGGCUACAAGUGCGCCUCCGUUGCAGCGCUCUCGCUCACACAGCGGACUGAGUACUCUCGGAGAGAACUUCUUCGAGCUUUUUCAUUGUUGCCGGCAACCGCUGUCUUUGCCUAUACGGCAGCGAUGACCGUGCAGCAGGCAGCUGCAGCUGUCGCGCCGUCGACGACUGGUGCACCGGCAACCGCACCCAAGACGGGUGCUGAGAUACCAGUCGCACCGUUGCCGUAUCCAUAUAAUGCCCUUGAGCCGGUCAUUGACGCCAAGACGAUGCGUCUGCACCAUGAUAAGCAUUUUGCGGGAUACGUGAGCAAGACGAAUGCGGCGCUCAACGAGGAGCAGCGGAGGACGUUUCCGGCGAUCCUGAGCCGGCUCUCGACGAUAUCGGAUCGGGCGUUGCGCGAGACUGUGCGGAACCAGGGUGGCGGCGCCAUAAACCACCGUAUUUUCUUUCAGACCAUGCGCGCACCGGUAGCGGAUGCCCAGAAGAAUGUUCCGGACGGUGCCCUUGGUGAUGCUAUAGCGCGGCAGUUUGGAUCGUUUGAAGCUUUCCAGAAGGAAUUCAGCCGGGCCGCGAAAUCGUUGUUUGGUUCCGGUUGGAUUUGGCUGUUCGAGCUUGGCAACUCAACGCGCCGAGAGUUGCGGAUUGGGACCUUUGCGAACCAGGACUCGCCGCUCAUGCAGGGCAAUUUGCCGCUGCUCGGUCUCGAUGUCUGGGAGCACGCCUACUAUUUACGCUACGGACCCGAUCGAGGUGCUUACGUCGAUGCCUGGUGGCGAGUCGUGAACUGGCCUGCUGUGGCCAGAAUCUUCGAGUCCCGUCAGCUGCCGUAG